ACUUAAAACUAAAGCUACGAAGUCACCAAGGUAGGUAUGAUUAGUUUGAAGCUUCCAACUUUUCAAUUUUUUCCGAAUAUAUUAUGAAACUCAACUAAGACAUUAUUGUAAUCAAAAACCUUUAUUUUACUAAAGUAGAAAAACCACAGUGUCUUGAAAAUAAGUAGGUAGGUACUAAAAAAUUCAUUGCGAAUCUCAAAAAAUCCGUUGUGAAAUUUUUAUUUAAAAACUUUUUCUUUGUUUGUACAUAACUUUUUGUAAACAGAAUUUUAAGGUAAAAUAUAUACGUAGGUAAGUUUCGUAAAGACGUUUGUGAAAAUGUUAUUAUGUGACUGAGGCUUAGAAAGUUGUAGAGGCAAAGUUGUAGAGGCACACUCGAGUUCCUAGCUCUGCAAGAGGAUUUUAAUGUGCUACGAUAAAUUUAAAAAUGUAUGCGAAUUCCCGAACUACGAGUAUGUCAACUUUACUUAGCGGAGCUUUUGCUCUAAGCGACAGUUAAUUUUAUUCAGAUCACGAACUGCUCUCGUUAUAGUCUAGAUUUAAGGCAAUGCUUAAAUCUAAAUGCACAUUUGGCACGGAUUUUACAGUGACUGGAUGAUGCCUGCAUCAGCCUAUGACUUUGUUCGCGUGCAUUUAGGGUUUUUGAAGAUCCCAACACAUACGUAGACUUGUUCCACGUGGAAGUAAGUUCAAAAUCCCGUGGAAACUUUUUUAUUUUCGGCACAAAAAGUAGUAUAAGUCCAUCCGCGAGAUGCCAUUUUACCUCUGUUUUAAAUUUCAUCAAAAUCGAUUAAACGGAUUGGACGAGAAAAUCUGGCAGACGGCUUGAGACAGUUACAUUUAUUUAGUUACAUUGAGAUUAUUAGUAGAUAUCGAUAGUAUGGAUAAUAAGCGUUGGUGGCGUGGAGUAAAUUCAAUUAUAAUAUUUCCUUCAUAGGCUAACUAUGGUGUUAGUUCUAUGGGAACUUGGCACGUGUAACACCAUGUCGAACAAAUUAGAAGAAGACGUACUGUAGGUACCAAGUCUCAAUCCCUCGACAUUUCUGUAUCAGCCGUGGCUUAGCUUGCCGGCUUCGUUGUUAAUAGGUAGUUAGUUACCCUAUAAGUUCGAUUCCCCUGACAGACAGACAACUUGGUGAUUCUUUAAAGGGUCCUUCUUUUCUCUGCAGAUACAGAACCCUAAAAUUAAAAAGAUUCAGCGAAAUAUUUCGAAAGGAAAUGAGGUCAAAACUCAUUGUAGGAAAAUGAAUGAAUGUGGCGAUGAAAUCCCCAGUAAUUAGGUGACAGUUGAAAGCCACUUCAGCCGUAAAGUUGGCAUCACUAAUUUGCGGUCAGGCUUUAAUAGUUCUCUGAUUCUAUGACGCUAUUUAGUUUUGGAGGCUACUUAUUUGAUUUCUAAAUAAAUUUUUAAGUUUAUUACAUUUUUAUACCUUUUAUUCGGUGCGUAGAGAUUGUGUCAGGACUUUAGUUUACCUCUGUACAUUUUAUAAAAAUCAAGGUGACAAUGUUUUUCUUCAUCCUCAGUACAGUGUACCUACUCCUGGAACAAUCUAAAUAUGCAUAUAAAAUUGAAAGCUGACUGACUGAUUUUUUAAUGCACUGCUGUUAUUAGGUAUCACGUAGACAUCCACUAAGAAAGGAUUUUUGAAAAUUUAACCCCUAAGGAGGUAAAAUAGGGGUUUGAAAUUUGUGCAGUCCACGCGCAUAAGUGAAUCGGCAGAACGCGCUUUUCCGAGGAAAAAGAUAAAGCGCCUGGUACUAAAAUUGUCGACAAGAUAAGUACUCGCAUGAAUGAGAAUUUCUGUUAACAACGAAUGUUAAUGGAAUUAAUUAUUUACUCGCUAAAUUACCAUUUGAUAAUAGACAGUAAAAUUCAUCUUCGAAUUCGACUGAAGACUGAAAUAAGAAGGAAGGGCAAAGCCUUUUCCUUUAUCCCAAAGAGGACCCGGCCCAACCAUUGUUGCAAUAUUGACACGGUAACUUUAUGAUGGAUGAUUUAAUUUUCCUAUUCUUUUGUUACAGAUACCUAUCACAAAUCCGCGUUUUGCCGUCCACCGCCCUAAAGUGUUGGCACCACUUGCAUGACUACGUUUUCAAAAUCGUGUUUAGUAUUUGGUAAUUAGAGUAGAAAUUGUAAAUUAAUAGUCGACUAAAUUAACUACUGGGAGAACGGGGAGUGAAUUGUUUAAAACCAGUGUUUGACAACAAUAUUUUCAACAGUGUGUUUAGUAUUUGUAAAUUGAAGGUAGUGUGCGUAAGUUCAAAAGGGCCCAGAGCCCUUAAGCCAGUUGAAAAAAAAGGUAGUGUGAGCAAAUGUGUGUGAUAGGUCGUGUGGGCGGGUGAAGGAGGGCGAGGUGGAUGGUGUUGGUGUGGCGGUGGGCAUGGCGCGGUGCGCGGGGCGGGCGGCGCCGCGGUGAGGGCGGCGGGGGCGAUGCGCGCGCGCGUUGUGCUGGCGCUGGCGGUGCUGUGCGCGGCGGCGGCGCGGGAGCUGCGCGUGCUGCAGCCGGACGCGCGGACCGCGUUCUACAUAGCGAUCGCCGCACCGCCUUCAGCCGCCGACGUCGUGCGCGCCUUCAACCGCACCCUGAGCGACAUAUCCAAGACCUACCUCGCCGGCGACUAUCCGCUUUACUUGCGCAACAUCACGCUGCUGCCGCUAUACAUCGAGCUACCAGAAGAUGAAAGGUUCAGCGCACGGGUGCUGGAGCAGACGUGUGCGGUAUUGGACAAUCGACGCGUGGCGGCACUCUUGGUUUGCGGAGGAGGAUCUGCCGCAGCCGCCAUGGUCUCCACUGCCUCCCGCGCUGGCGUCCCGGUGCUGCGCGCAUCGCCCUCCCACCUACAUCUGUCUUAUACCAUUGCUAACGAAUUGCUGCCUCUGGAGAUACGAUUGGAGAUAACCGCUAGGGAAACAUUACACGCACUCAGCAGAGCCACCCUCCUGCACACUCAUUGGCAUACAUUUACUUUGCUUGCCGAGGAAGAUCUAUAUACAACGCUAUCUCUAAGGAAGGAUCUGUCUUCAAUUCUCACCACUCAACCACUUAAUCCUAAAUGGCUUUCGCUUCCAACGAAAUACACUCGCCGUGCUCUUUUCAGACGCCUUGCAGAAGUAUCGAGACUAACCCGAGGUGUCAUCGUCUUGAUAUGUGAUAUACAUUACGCUAAACAUGUGAUGGAUGAAGCUAAACGUCUGAACAUGCUCGAAGGACAUUUUUUCUGGCUAUGGAUUGACGCUUCUAGCGAGUUUGAUGUCUUCCAUAAUAUUGGCAACAGAUCACAUUUUGCACAAGUGAAUAAUCAAGAACUUGAUAGUUUUAGAAAUAAGGACAGUGCAAUAAAAUAUGAUAUUGAUGACUUUGAGCGCAGGAAACGGGAUGAUGCAGACAAUAAUUCGAUAGAGAAGGGAAAAUUUGUUGACAUGACAAGAAAGUUAAGUCAGUUUCCCAGUAAAAAUGUUAGUAAAGAAAAUCGCACUUCUGUAAAAAAUAGUUCAAGAAAUUCGACUUUUCGUAAUAAUGAUAGUAGUAUAAAUAAAUUUGAAACGCACAUAAAUAAUAAAUUAUUAUAUGUAAAUUUUAGUCGUUCGUUUAAUAGUAGUCGAAACAUUAGUGAAGAAAACGUAAGGAACUAUAAUGUAAAUAACAAAGGCGUUGAAACUUCUAAAAUCGAAAACAAUUCAAUUGAGAAGGAAAGUAAAUCUUCUCUUGAUAGAAAUAAUAGUAGACGUACUAGUUCUAGCAAACUGAAAAAUGAAUCUUUUAAUAAAUAUGUAAAUAGCAUAAGUGCAAAUGAAUUGUAUGAAAGCAGAGAUAUGGUAAUGGAAGAAAGAAUUACAAGUAGUGUGGAUAACGAAGACCUUAGAGAUAAAUUAUUUUUUUCAAGUGAUAUUAGCGAUUUCAUGAUGAAUCCCACGGUGCAUACUCCUAUGAUGAAUAAAGUUAGAGAUAAAAUUGAGGAUCGAUUAGAUCGGUUAAUGAUGAAUCAAGAUGAUGAACCGAUAAGUGAUGUAAAAAGUAACGUGUCUUUAAUAUUUGAUUCUCUGCCUGUUGGGCUACUGGCAUUAUACCCUCAACCUAUGAAAAUUGAUGAUACGUUUGCCCGCGCCGCAGUUCGAAUGAUGGUGGGGGCUCUACGUCGAGUGUUGAGAGCUUGUGAUGCAUGGUCGGCGCAGGCGCAAUUUUUUAGCGACGCGGCAGCAUCAUGCUGGGAGGAGCCAAGUGAUGCUGCUUCUGAUUUUUCUAUGGAAUUCGUAAGGGAGAUGCGGAUAGCAUCAGCAUCAGCCUUAGCUGGAGGUGCAGGACGAUCUGAACCAUCAUUGACAGCGAAAUUUUCAUUUUUAAAUUUAGUAUCAGACCUAGAAGGUAGAAAUGUAUGGAGAGAAGUGGGUCAUGUUUUAGGCCGUAGUGUCAGUUUGCACACGAUUGUAUGGCCAGGAGGGCGUCUUGUUGCUCAUGGACAAUCAUCCGGUGCUCGCACAGUUUUUCGUAUAGUCACAGCCUUAGCUCCACCUUUUGUAAUGGAAGGUGAACUUGAUGAAGAUGGCCAAUGCUUAAGAGGAUUACUUUGUCAUCGUCCACAAACGUCUGAUAAAGAUAAUCUCACUCUUGCCUUCAAUGACUUGGAAAGAGAAGGCGGCCCAGAUGUAGAUGAUUAUUUUUUCCCGACGCCUAAACCUAACACUAUUUGGAAAAUGGCUACUCAUUGUUGUUAUGGACUAGCCAUGGAUCUAUUAGAAAAUAUUGCACAAGAACUAGAAUUCGAUUUUCAUUUAUAUAUCGUAGAAGAUGGCCUAUAUGGGGCCAGGAAAUUAGUGAAACCAUAUCGAAGGUAUAACGAAGAUAAAAAUGUCGAUAAAGAUUUUUGGACGAAUCAAGAAACUUACUUUUCACGGUAUCAAAACAGUUAUGGAGGAAUAUGGGAAGAUAAAGAUAAAAAUAAGAGGCCAUAUACGUUUGAUGAAGACCCACAAGAAAAUCUCGAAAAGUGGGACGGUAUUAUUGGAGAUUUAGUUUCUGGGGCGGCUCAUAUGUCAUUUGCAGCACUUAGCGUAUCAGCCGCGCGAGCCGAAGUAAUUGAUUUCAGUCAACCUUAUUUUUUUAGCGGAAUAUCGAUAUUGGCAGCCCCAAAUCAGAGACCGGAUAUACCCCUAUUGGCAUUUUUGUUACCGUUUUCACCUGAAUUGUGGAUUGCAAUAUUCACCUCUCUUAAUGUAACAGCUAUUGCUGUAGCAAUAUACGAAUGGCUAUCUCCAUUUGGCCUGAAUCCAUGGGGACGGCAGAGAUCGAAAAAUUUUAGUAUUUCUAGUGCUCUGUGGGUAAUGUGGGGCUUACUGUGUGGACAUUUAGUGGCGUUCAAAGCACCUAAAAGUUGGCCUAAUAAGUUCCUCAUAAAUGUAUGGGGUGGAUUUUCUGUGAUAUUUGUCGCCAGCUACACUGCCAACAUCGCCGCCCUCAUAGCCGGGUUGUUUUUUCACAACGCCGUUGACGACUACCAAGGAAGGAGCAAUUGGCUGUCAUUACGAGUAGGGACGCCACGAUCGUCGGUAGCGGAAUAUUACGUCCGACGAAAUAAUCCACAGCUGGCGCAACAAAUGCGCCGUUAUGCCCUUCAAGACAUUGAGGAAGGAAUUCAACGACUUAGGAAUGGAACUUUGGACCUAUUCAUUGCCGACACAACUGUUUUAGACUACUACCGCGCCACAGAUCAUGGCUGUAAACUCCAGCGAGUGGGAGACCAUGCCCUUACAAAGGACACCUACGCUAUAGGCAUGUCAAAGGGAUUCCCAUUAAAGGAUAGCAUAUCAGCUGUGAUAGCUAAGUAUUCCUCGAACGGAUACAUGGAUAUUCUCACGGAAAAGUGGUAUGGGGCUCUGCCGUGCUUCAAGUUAAGCCCGGAUUAUGGCAUCCAACCGAAACCUCUCGGCGUAGCCGCAGUAGCCGGUGUUUUUAUUCUUCUAGGAGUGGGGAUGAUCGUCGGAUGUCUCAUAUUGGUUUUGGAACACCUCUUUUACAAGUACACUCUUCCCGUAUUGCGUCAUCAGCCCAAAGGAACGAUCUGGAGAAGCAGAAAUAUUAUGUUUUUUAGCCAAAAACUCUAUCGAUUUAUCAAUUGCGUUGAACUGGUGUCACCGCACCACGCAGCUAGAGAACUAGUCAACACUAUUCGCCAAGGUCAUUUCACUUCGUUGUUUCAGAAGAGUGUCAAAAGGAAGGAACACGAACAGCGUAGAAGAAGAAAGAGCAAAGCGCAAUUCUUUGAGAUGAUACAAGAAAUCAGGAGAGUUCAACAAGGCGGUCGUGACCACUCUUUGGAUUCGAUAAAAGAAAACGUCGCGGUUGAAAUAUCUGAGGUGUCUGAAGAAAUCACGGAGUCAAAAUUCCUUUCACCAUCUCCUGAAGUCUCUAGCCGGUCUCCACGACAAAAUAGAUCUCCACGCCAGCUUCGUUCCCCCAGAGGUCGAAGAAAAAGAUGUAGCCUUGCGGGUCUCAAUGUUCGUCGAUUCAGUACUGAUUCAGUCUUAGGAUCAGAUUCGGCAUCUAUAUACGAGAAGACCAGCAUGAAUAUUGGUAGACGAUUAAGUCGAGAUGUUAGUUUCUUGACAAAUUCUCCUCCGGACAUUAACACAAGACUCCGGACGCCGUCACCAAUGGUAAGGAGGCCAGAAGGUUCCUCGACCAGAUCUUAUCAAGACGUAUCAGAAUCUUCACAAAACUACUUAUCUGUAGAUCCGCCUAGUCAUCGAGCCAGUAUCGAGAUAAUGGUUUCCCAAGAAGCUGAUCUCCCACCUGCACCACCUUACCCAAGAGUGUCUCCACCAGGAGCAAGAUCAGAAUUAUCUCUAUUAUCAGAAGAUGAACUUAUUCGGUUAUGGCGAAGUUCAGAACGAGAAGUUAGAGAAGCUCUAUUAGCAGCAUUACAAGAGAGAAGAGCAUGCUUAGAUCCAAAACGAGAUCCUGGAUGAACGAGUACACUAAAUUUUGAUCUGGAAAGGAAAUUUUUAGUAGGAAAAUCACUUCAUAUUCCUCAUAGCAGUUGGGCGCGUGGCUAGGAUGCAUUGGAGUUUUUUCAAGAAACUGUUCGUAAAGUUUGGGAUGGUACCUUUUAACAUUGUUUGAUGCGGAUCUACUCGUAGCAGGCGUUACUAAAAUCCAGUGUUCAUUUGAGUGUCUUGUUAUUAUUGUAUAGAGGCUUAGUAUCAUCGUUUCUUAUAAAUAUGAUUCGCAUCAACCAAAUUAACAGGUACUAUAGAGAUACUGAAUUUUGAGAUUUUUACGUCCAUAAAAUCGAUAUAAGAAGCGAUUAAUAGUCAUAAGAGGUAUGAAAUCAAUUCGUUUAUUUUUAAGUGUUGAUAAUUAUUAUAAUUAUAGCUAUGACCACAUUCAAAGUGCUUUAUUCUAUUGUUAGUCUAGACAGUGAAAGAUCCAUUUCUUUUUAUGUAGUAGUUUCUAUAUUAUGGUAGUUUAUUGAUAAAUCAUAAAAUGAAAUAAAACAUUAUGCUUAAUUAUUUGGAAUUAAUGGUAGGUACAGUCAAGAGAAGAACAUGAUAAUACAAGGAUAUAAGUAGUAUUUUUUUAUUAUUACGAAAUACUAAUACAACUUGAGCGAUAUUGUAAUAAUAAUUAAUAUUAGGUAUAUUAUCUGAACUACAACAGGUAUUGGAAAGAAAUAGAAUUUGAACAAAAGCAAUAUAAUAGAGACUAUCUGCUAGUACUUGUUAUAUCAAAUAAUUUUCGAGUUAUACCCUGCUAGAUUAGUCAUAAAAUAUAUUACUAUGUGUUACUACUAAAUUUAAUCUAUUAGACGUGACAUUUUUAAAUUUAAUUUUGUUAGUUUGAGCGAAAAUUUUAAAAUUAGUAAACUGUCAAUAGUAAACAAUUUUCUGAGAUCUCAAUCUUUCAAUCGACAUUCCCAUUCCAUUCAAAUGAUAAAAGAGUGCCAUACCCAGGUAAAAAGUAUCAUAUCGAUUUAUUAUUUUCUGUUAUAACUAUUGAAACAGAAAACCACCACAAUGUACAUCCUUCUUCAGUGUAAAUAAAGCUCAAGACAUUUGCUUGAAAUUAUGUAGAUAAAUUCUAAGUACACGAUGGAGACGAAAUAUUAAUCAAUAUUUAAGAUAAAAUAGCAAACAAUACUGCCAUAAACUCAGUAGAUAGGUAAGUAAUACACGAUUUUACCCUAGAGUUGCACCCUAGAUUUUAGUUUAGAAUAUUCCUCUAACUUCUCUAUCUAUAUAUUUAAUCAUCAAUUAUAUAUUGUCCUAAAUUGCACCUGCAUGUUAUUCAGAAAAUAUUAUAAACACGGAUAAUUAAAAUAGAUUCUUACCAUACGUAUUACUUAUUAGUUCAUUGUUGUACAUAAUGUACGGCUCCAAUAUACUUAAGAGGGCUCUCUCCGUCACUAGU